AUGGCAAGGAACAAGCCAACCAAAUCGAAAUCGUCCGUGCAAACGCCCUCAUCAUCCGGAAAACAAACCGUUGCAGCACGACCCAACUGGCCAUUGUUCAAGCCUUUGCUGCCUGUUGCACCUCUCAGCCUUGAACCACCGGUGCCGGCACUCGAAGACAAGAUCCUUGUCGCUCGCAAUUUCUUCCCCAGAUCACUAUGCCGAGAUUAUGUUACCUUUCUUCAAAGUCUACCUCUAGUGACCACACCUGGUCGACCUAAGCGUGGAGAAGCAGUCCGGGUGAACGACAGGUUCCAAAUCGACGACUUUCAGUUCGCCCAACGAUUAUGGCUAGAAACUGGUUUAAAGGAUCUUUUGAACCAAGAGUCGGUCAGACAUCUAUGGGAAGGUGAAGUUGCAGGCUUGAAUCCGAAUAUACGCGUGUACAGAUACUCGAAAGGACAAUUUUUCGAUGCACACUAUGAUGAUUUUAACGACGUGGUUCUCCCUACCGCUGAGACGACUGGAAGCAUUAGCACGAGAACAACAUGGACAUUGUUGCUCUACCUGACUUCAGCUGCAGAUGGCUGUCUUGGGGGUGAGACUUGCUUUUAUCCUCACGAUAGGAAAGUCAAGAAUGAAGAGGUCGUUAUAGCACCUGAGACAGGGAUGCUGCUUUUACACAAACAUGGGGAUGAUUGUCUCCUCCACGAAGGGCGCGAAGUUCUAGAUGGCCACAAAUGGAUCCUGCGAAGUGAUAUAUGUGUGAGGAGAUAG